AUGUCUUCUACGUCAGCUUCCGGUCCUCUCAAGCGCAAGGUCGUCAUCAUGGGGUCCACCUCAGUCGGCAAGACCUCUUUGACUCAACAGUACAUUGCUCCUCCUACGUACACUGCAUCUUACUAUCCCACCAUUGAGGACACGUCCCACAAGAUCGUCAAGCACAAGGGUGUAGAGUACGAUAUGGAGAUCAUUGAUUCUGCUGGUUUGGAAGAGUACUCUUUGUUCCCUGGCAAGUACGCCGUCGGCGUCCAUGGGUACAUGCUUGUCUACUCUAUCGCAUCGCGGCAGUCAUUUGACAUGGUGCCCACGAUUUACGACAAGAUCCUCGAUUACGCCGGAUUAGAGAGCGUGCCCCUUGUCAUCGUUGGUCAGAAGACGGAUCUAAGGGACCAAAGAUCCAUCACCAAGGAUGAAGGCGAAGCGCUGGCCAAGAAGCUCCAUGCUGGUUACGUGGAGUCCAGUGCCAAGGACAAUAAUAAUGUCGGCGUCGCAUUUGAAAUGCUUCUCAACGAGAUGCAGAGGGUGUACAACCCCGAGCCGGAGAAGAAGAAGUCCGGCUGGUGGCCCUUCUAA